CACACCCCAGCAGUCGAAGCUCCGGCAUGGUGGGGUUGGAGGGUCGAGGUCGCCUUCUGCGCAAGCCACGAGCCUUGCUGCAGACGCCACCAGCUCGCUAACCACCUUCUCAAGUGGUGUGAUACCUGCUAGACUUCGAGAAUAUGCAUGGCCGACCAAUAGUGGUGGUGAUGCUGCGAAAUGAAUUUAGCAUGCCCCAGUCUGGCAGCACGCUGUUGCCGAUGGAGGUGCGGCCUGCUCGUAUGAUUGCAGCGAUACAGUACAUGGUAUAUGAACCAUCUCUCAUGUUUGCAGAGACCAUUCUCUUUGCUUUCCCAUCCUUCUCAUAUUGCCACACCAGGAUUCCAAGCUUGCCAAGACUAAGAAGAUAACAAGACCAGACAGCACCACCUCAAUACUCCUUAUAGCAAGACAUACAGUUCUCACCAUGGCGAUGAAGGAGAUUGACCUCGAAAAGCAACCCUUCAUCACAACGACCGAAGUCACCAACCCGACCAGCCCGGUAGACUCCAAGAAAAGCGCCGCGGCCCUCUUCGUCUACCAAACGCUCGUAGGCGACGUGACUGCAAAACCCAGCCGGACGGACCCCAGCCUCUUCCAUGAGAUCUCUAGUCGCCAACGCAAGGCCCAGUUCACUUACAUCCUAGCCGCCUUCGGCUUCGGCAUCGCCGUCGCGCUCCAGAUCAUUCUCUGCCUUGGUAUCGCUAUCGGCGCCCAGCUCGGUCUAACAAUGAACGAUAUCACCCUGCUCGCCGGCGUGAACACAGGCGUGGCUGCUUCAAUCGGUAUCAUGAAAUCUCUCGGACUGCCGGAGAAGCCGGCGAUCGAGAAGUACAAGCUCAAGAAGGUCGCGGACAGGAUCCGCUUCACCACCCGGCGGAUCAAGGCCGGCCUUGUUGUGGACGCUGAGAAGGAGGCCGAGGCGGCUCGGCAUGCGGAGGAGGAUGCUGAGGAUGAGGCGCAGAUCAUUCAGCAUGUGGGUGAUGCUGGGGCGGCCAUUCCUGCUUCGCUGUCCUCGGCAGGACAUAAGGACGCGCAUGAAUGAGGUGAUGAUCUUGCUGCUGAUUGAUACGGUCGCAUAUGUGAUGAUGGGACGUUAUGAUUAAAAUGCUGUUUCGUAUAAUCCUGGAUGAGAGGUAUUACAGCGCUGC